UUAUAGAGAAAAUGGAAGAACAAAAAACAGUAACUGCGAUUAUAAUCGGUUGUGGACAAAGAGGGCAGAACUAUGCUGGAUUUGCUCUUGAUUUUCCAACUAGGCUAAAGGUGGUCGGAGUGGUAGAUCCACUUCUCCACAGGCGUAGACUUUUGGGUGACCAGCACGCUGUUUCUCAGGAGAACCAGUUUACAGACUGGACUCAGCUACAGACAAGAGAAAAGUUUGCGGAUUUAGUGUUUAUUUGUACUCAGGAUAAGGAUCAUUGUGGUCCGGCAGUUUUGAUGGCAAGCCUAGGAUACCAUAUUGUUCUGGAGAAACCAAUGGCGGUAACAGAGGAGGAUUGUUUAAAGAUUACCCAGGCAUGUGAGAAGAAUAACGUUAUGUUAGCUGUAUGUCACGUGAUGAGAUAUUUCCCACCAUGCGUGAAAAUAAAGGAAUUCAUUGACAGCGGUAAAAUAGGACAAGUGAUGACGAUCAACCAUACUGAGAAUGUCGGUUACUGGCACUUUGCGCACAGUUUUGUGCGCGGGAACUGGAGAAACCAGGAGGAGAGUACGUUCUCCCUGAUGGCCAAGUGUUGUCACGAUAUGGAUCUUAUAUAUUACUGGCUUGGGUCAAGAAAAGCAACUGCAAUCCAGUCUGUUGGGAGUAAUCAGCAUUUCAAGAAGGAGAAUAAACCUGAAGGUGCUACGGAUACCUGCCUGACAUGUCCUCUGAAUAAGACCUGUCCCUACUCUGCUACCAGAAUAUACUUGGAGAAUCCGGUCAGAAGAUGGCCGAUGUCUGUGGUUUGUGAUAUAGAAGACGAUCCAACAAAAUAUCCUGGAGCUUUGAAAUCUGCCUUAUCCACUAGUAGGUAUGGAAGGUGUGUGUAUGAGUGUGAUAACGAUGUGUGUGACUCCCAGAUGGUAAACCUGAUGUUCGAGGGGGGAACCGUCGCUAACCUCACUAUGACAGCAUUCAGCAAGGAGAUCUGUGCCCGGUAUACCAGGAUAACCGGAAGUUUAGGAGAGAUCUUGUGGCAAGGUGGAGAGAACGGUCCAAUCACAAUUCAUUGUUUCAGGUCUGGUGAAACUGAGAUUGUAUACCCGGACCUGGUUGCUCCACCCUGUAAAACAAGGGGACAUGGAGGAGCUGAUUACUUCCUAGUUGACUCCGUUAUCAAGGCAGUGGUUUCAAGCAACCCAGAAGAGAUCAAAUCCGGGGCGCAGGAAAGCCUAGCUUCUCAUCUUCUUGUAUUCAAAGCAGAACAGUCAAGGUUACAGCACCUUCAGAGCCAGGAGAACUAGAAUACAGAACCUAGAGAACCUUUAGGACCUGGAGAACUAGGAUACAGGAUACAGAACCUUCAGAACCUAGAGAACUAGGAUACAGGAUACAGAACCUUCAGGGCCUGGAGAACUAGGAUACAGGAUACAAAACCUUCAGGCCCUGAAGAAUUAGGAUACAGGAUACAAAACCUUCAUAACCCUGGAGAAAUAGGAUACAGGUUACAGAACCUUCAGAACCUAGAGAUACAGGAUGCAUAACCUAGAGUACAAGGAUACAGAACCUUCAGGACCUGCAGAACUAGGAUACGGAAACAAAAACUUCAGGACUCAGAGCACUAAGAUACAGAACCUUCAUAACCUGGAAAAAUAAGAUACAGGAUACAGAAUCUUCGGGACCUAAAGAACUAGGACACAGAAUACAAAACUUUCUGGACCUUAAGAAAAAGGAUACAGGAUACAGAACCUUCAUGAGAAGAACCUUUAUACAGGAUACAGAGCUUUCAUUACCUUGAGCAAUAUAAUUCAGAACCUUCAGAACCUGAUACAGAACUUCAAAACUAGGAUACAAAACACCCUCCACUAAACCCCACGAUUUCUUCGGCCAGUGUACUGCAAAUCACUGCAGUACACAUCGAAAUCUUAGUUUAGGGUGAGAACCAAAAGAACAAAGAGACUAAACUACGAGUUCUAGAACAGAGAAACACGAAUACUAGGAUACAGAACUACGAGCACUAGAAAAGAGAACCACGAAUACUGGGAUACAGAAUUACGAAUAACUAGGAUACAGAACUAUGAGCACUAGAAUAGAGAACCACGAAUACUGGGAUACAGAAUUACGAAUAACUAGGAUACAUAACUACGAAUACUAGGAUACAGAACUAUGAGCACUAGAAUAGAGAACCACGAAUACUGGGAUACAGAAUUACGAAUACUAGGAUACAGAAUUACGAAUACUAGGAUACAGAACUAUGAGCACUAAAAUAGAGAACCACGAAUACUGGGAUACAGAAUUACGAAUAUUAAGAUACAUAACCACGAGCACUAGAAUACAGAACCACGAAUAACUGGAUACAGCACUACGAAUACUAGGAUACAGAACCACAAGCCACUAGGAUACGAGAACCACGAAUAACUAGGAUACAGAAUUACGAAUAACUAGGAUACAGAAUUACGAAUACUAGGUUACAGUACUACAAAUACUAGGAUACAGAACUACGAAUACUAGGAUACAGAACCAUGGUUACUAGAAUAGAGAACAAAUAACUAUGAAACAGUACUACAAAUACUAGGAUACAGAACCACGUGUACUAGGAUAAAAAACUACAAGGGGAAGGAUACAGGAUACAGAACAUAUAAAACAACAAUACUGAGUACGAUUAGACAGACACACACCCACACUUGGAUACAGAUUACAGAUUUUCUAUACAAGUCAUGGAUGACGAUAGAAAACUUAUUUUUUUGUUUGCUUAAUGCAAUCUGUUGCAUAAUAAAGUGCAGUUCCAUAAAAAUACAUUUGAUGUGCGUAAUUAUAAUAAAUCUGAAGGUUUAUUAUUAUGAAGGUGUAUUUAAAUCUACUUUGUAUUUAUUGUAAAAGACGGAAAUCAUUUUCCUUAAUAGUCGUAAUAACAAUUGUGAAACUUACAGAAAAUAUUUUUAAAAAUGAACUUGUAAAUAUCAAAAUUUAUGUUUGAUCUACAUUAAUUUGAAAUAUGAUGAAGGAACGUAUAAGUUCUUUCCAAAAACUUUGAGUUUCAACCACUAUAUCUUUGCAAUCCGGUGUAAUAGACCUUUUGACUUUUCAAACUAUGAAUUCUGUAAGAGUCUAUAACGUUCAAUCAAGGAUUAAUACCAACAGGUUGCAAAGAUAUAGGGUUUGUGGUAAGAACUCGAUUCAUUAUGUCUAACUCUCAGACUAACUAUAUAUAAAGGGAAGUGUCUUUAGAAAAAAUAACUGUUUAUAAAAAUAAAAAUGAAAAACGUA